UCCGGUUGUUUCCGUUCGAGCUGUUUUCAUCAGUCGACUUCCGGUUUUCUCUACGCAGCAGAUGGUUUCUGGUGAAAUCACAUUUAGAUUCCAUUUAGUUGAUGGUUUGCGACCAAAUUGAUUACAUUUAAAAUGCUACUCUUUUGCCCUACCUGUGGAAACGUUUUGAUCGUAGAAGAAGGACAGAAGUGUAUGAGGUUCGCGUGUAACACCUGUCCUUACAUACACAACAUCACAAGAAAGGUAAACAACCGAAAGUAUCCCAAAUUAAAGGAGGUGGAUGAUGUUCUCGGUGGGGCUGCUGCGUGGGAGAACGUGGAUUCAACUGCAGAAAAAUGUCCCAAGUGUGAGCAUCCUCGGGCGUAUUUCAUGCAGAUUCAGACCAGAUCUGCUGAUGAACCCAUGACAACUUUCUACAAAUGCUGUAAUGCCCAGUGUGGACAUCGAUGGAGAGACUGAAAGUUUUCUACUUGUAGUUAUUUCAAAUGUUCAGAUGAUUUCUGGCCUGGUUUUCCUUUUCUUCUGUAUUUAUUUGCACCAUUUACUUUCCAGUUGUGAUAAAUGUUCCACAUGACAAAGUGUUUACUUCAUGAUUUUUAUUGGUAAAAUAGCGCCUGUGUACAGUCACAUAAAUUGCGUACAUAGUUGUACAUCAGACAUCUGGAGCGAUGCAGACCAGCAGUUUUCACAACAUGACUAAAGUUCCAUUACAAUCCUUCUCAAAAUGUGUUUUUUUUUUUGUUUUAUAUUUUGCACAGAUUUUUCAGUCUUGAGGAAAAAAAUAUGCACAGAGUCGGAGCACAUCAAUGAUUAUUACUAAAGGUAUAGCCCAGGCAAACUGCGAGAAGCAUUAGUGGCUGAUGUAUCCCACAUGCUGAGAUGAUUCACUGUUAGUGUUCAGAAUCACUUUUGCAAAAGGUCUAAUUCAACAACUUCAUGAAGCUCAUUAAAAUCUCACUAAUCAAAUGUAUUUCAUUUCAUCUAAGCGAAGAACCUUCAUUUAGGUGAAUCCUUAAUGGCUUAGUACUCAGUUUUUAAAACCUCUUAAGAUCAGCUAAAUCUGAAAUGGUGCUGCAUGAGCCUGACAGAAAAACACACACCAAGAUGUCAUGCUUUCGUUUUUAAGUGAUUAGCUUGUCUAUCGCCUUCAGUACACUUGUGGACCAUUCCCAUCUGUACCGGGUCGGCCCGGGCCGGGUAGCGUAGGUUGUUUACAUAUCUGGGUGGCCUGGUAUUUUUCCGGGCCAACCAAGGCUCAUUCUCAGCCCUCUUCUCGAGGGGGUCUGCUUCAGGCCGACCAGGGCCAACACACCCACUGCUGACAGCAAAUUCACACCUUCCAUUAGAGCAAGCCUCUGAUUGGUGGGUAGAAUCAGCCCACAUGGGCUUAAGGCAAGGAUGUGUGGAAUCAACCGGGCCAGGCUGGGGCCGACCGGGGCUACCCGACCCGGCACAGAUGGGAAUGGCCCAAAAGUCUGAAUAUGGCUCAUAACUCGGUCGACUACAGAAACUAGUAACACCUGGAUAAAACUUUGCUUUUAUUCAGGGUAAAAUCGUGUUUUAAUGAAAACAAAAUGUGUGUUUAAACUUAUAAAGUGCAAAUAUUAACUUUAUUCUCAAAACUACAGACGGGGACAAAGGUAACAGCUAAACAGUGAAUCAGAACAUGUUGAUUGGAGUAAUGAAUACAAGUAACUAAAGCAUAAAACAUAAAUGUAUUUGUUUAAAUGGACGGUUUUCACAUUACACCAACGAUAAUGAUAAACAAGAAACAACUAGGUAGGUAAGAACAAAAAAACAGUGAGAGACAAAAUGUUAACAUUUCUCAACAAACUUGUUAAAGGAUAAAACAUCUAAGAUGAAAGUCUCAAAAGAAACAAACAUCUUAACCCAACAUUCUUCAUACACUGACCAAGAUUCAUAGAUGAAUUCAAAUAAAGUGACAAUUUUCACA